GAGAGAGAGAGAGAGAGAGAGAGAGAGAGAGAGAGAGAGAGAGAGAGAGAGAGAGAGAGAGAGAGAGCGAUGAACAAGGAAUGUGCCACUAAUAAGAAGCCGAAGCGUCGUUGAGGACGCAAGAGAGGAGGGCAAAAGAAGGAACGGCUGAAGAAAAACGACCAGAAAUGCGUUAAAAAGUAUCGAAGGGGGGACAAAAGGGGCAAUACACAGCCAACACGUGAAUGGAAGGAUUAUAAUCCACCGUUGGAGGGAUUCUGACGCUCCCCAUGAGGAGAUUUGAACCAUGCAUGGACUGCUGCUGCUUCUGAGUUUGGCGUUGAGUUUCCACAGAGUGCGGACGGCGCGGUUCUCUCAGGAGCCUGCAGACCAGUCAGUGGUUCUGGGCCAGAGGGUGGUCCUGUCCUGCGUGGUCUUCAACUAUUCGGGCAUUGUGCAGUGGACCAAGGAUGGGCUGGCCUUAGGCAUCGGAGAAGACCUCCGGGCCUGGCCCCGGUAUCGUGUGUUAAGGCUGGUGGAUGUUGGGCAGUAUAAUCUGGAGAUCUCGGCCGCUGAACUCUCAGAUGACUCUCUCUACGAGUGCCAGGCGACGGAGGCUGCGCUGCGCUCACGACGGGCCAAACUCACCGUCCUCAUUCCUCCAGAUGAGCCGGUGAUUGAGGGGUCCCCGGAGAUCCUACUCACAGCAGGGGUCCCCUAUAACAUGAGCUGUGUGUCCCGUGGAGCCAAACCUGCCUCCGUCAUAGAGUGGCAGAAAGACGGCCUGCCGAUUGAAGGGACUGUCAGCACCACGGAGGUGCUUCAAGACAGGAAACGCGUGACCACACGCAGCUUCCUGCCCAUUCUACCAGUGGAUACAGACACUGGGAAGAACUUCACCUGUGUGGCUACUAACCUGGCCGUGCCGAUGGGCAAACGGACCACUAUCACCCUCAACGUACACCACCCUCCAGUGGUGACGUUAUCCAUUGAGCCUCGCUCCGUAUUGGAAGGAGAGAGAGUGACCUUCACCUGCCAAGCCACUGCCAACCCACCUAUUAUGGGUUAUAAGUGGGCAAAGGGAGGUGUGGUCAUACAGGGGGCGAGAGAGAGUGUUUUUUUCACCAAGGCGGAUCACUCUUUCUUCACCGAGCCUGUGUCCUGCCAGGUGUUCAAUGCCGUGGGCAGCACAAACGUCAGUAUACUCGUCGAUGUCCACUGUGAGUAUCAGCUUUGGGAAUUCAGCGUGUGGAGCGCACAACCGAGAAAAUCUUAAUGUGAAAUUUAGUAUGUGAAAGCAGAUCGCCAAAUAAUUCAAUCGACUAAUAAUUAAAGAUGUUUGUGUACACUGUGUGUCUGUAUUGUGCAAUG